AUGACACCAGUACAAAAAAUCUUGCAAGAAGCAGCUAAUGCCGAAGCGGAAGAUAAAACAAAUGAGCAGACGCUAGCAGAGAUCGUCAAGAAAAAAGUCGAUUUACAAGAGCAAAUAGUAGAACUUGAAGCUACUUUUGAACUUCCACGAAUUCAUCUACUCAUCGAAGAGUCUCUAUCGGAUUUAUCGAACGAUAGUCAACCAUUUGUUCGUAUUACACUUUUAUCAAUGAUUGCUCGAGCUACAAUGAAAACAUUCGACAUCGACUUCAAUGCAUCUCUUGCAGAUUUUAUUAUUGUUCAUGAACCAUUUAUUACUAAUAAUAAUGAUCGACUUUGUUUAAUUGCUAUGGAAAGACUUCGCUACCGAGAAAAUGACACAGUAAUUAGUAUCAAUGGCUUGUUGACAUCACCUGUAAAUCCGAAUUUUNUUUACAUUGAAAUUGAAGUUGCUGAAGCACUACCGAAAACAGAACAGGAACGAUGGAGAUUAGUAAAACCUGAAGAGAUUAUUCCGUUUUGGCCAAGUAAUAUGGAAGGAGCUGUCAUGCAUGUUCGUUAUACACAUAAUCGAAUAUCGUCAACUGCAUUCGCAUUCAAUCAAAAACAUCGAACAUUGCUGCGCAUGGAUGAUGAAGAGCGUCCGGCUCUUCAAGUUGAAGUUAUUGCGACUGAUUUCGAUGGGUUUCGUGUCGUUUUUGGAGAUUACAAGAUCGGCGAUUCGCCUGUCUUAUUAGUCAACUGUUUGAAAUAUGUACCAGUUGCAUUCUGUCAAGCAAAUGACGUACGAACGCAAGUCUUGCCACCACUACAUUACGUCUAUUAUACAUGGAUCGACCCGACGAAAUCGCAAGCAUUAGUUGUUGCGUGUCGUGAUCAAAGUGUAUCAAUCGAACUUAACCCACUUUGUGGUGUUCUCGAAACAAACGACCGACAAUCUGUGUACUAUGCAAUAUUUCACGAUGGUCCUCAAACAGUAUUACUCUUCGCUGAAGAAACGAAUCUUAUUGAAGCAGUCACAAAUAUACCAUCAUUGGGUGAAUCCAUGAAUCAGCAUAUACAAAUUGGCAUUCGUGAUAUUGGCAUUGCGAUUAUCGAUGAUAUCGCUCGAAACGACUUGUUUUAUAUCAGUAUAGGUAAAUCCAAAGAGAUCUGGAUGGAAACAAGCAAGUCUCAUAUAAAACCACUUUCUCACAAUCUCAAUAAACAUUUGGAUGAGCAAUAUGAAUUGUAUUUCAAAGAUCAAAAUGCUCAUCCGAAUGAUGAAGAUUUUGCAAACAAGAAAUAUCGUAUUGACGAACAUCGCGAUGUCUCUUUCGAUGAUUAUACUGCCGAAUUGACUGACCAUCAAGGUCAUCGAGUACUUGUUAAACGACAAGUACUUGAUGGACUCUGGAUUGGAUUUGCUUGGUCGACGAGCAAUGCUGCAUUUCAUGUUCGCAUCAAUCGUGUACAAAUUGACAAUGAACAUGAAUUCGCUCUGUUUCCGGUUGUUCUUAAUCCAAUUGUUUCUAAAGCAGCAGGCACCGAUAUACGAUAUACUGCAUGUGGAAAACCUGGAAAUCGACUAAAUUGGAACCCACCUAAAAAUCCAAAGCCUUUUCAAUGGCGGCGGCCUUCACAUCAUGAGAGUGGAAGUUCAGAAAAAUUCGAACGUGGACCAUGGGCACAACGACCAGGAGGACAUGGCCAUGGAAGACGGACAACGAGCGCCCGACAAUCAGUAUCUUCAACAGUAGGCACCCAACAACCAUUAUAUUCAACAAUAGCCACCCAACAACCAUUAUUUUCAACAACGACAUCAACAAAUUCAGUCCCAGACAGUCAAACAACUAUGAUUUCAUCUUCGACAAUGGAGGUUUUUACUGACACACCAAGUCCAACGACUGAAUUUGUGACGAUGGAUUAA